CACGAACAACCCCUUCUCCACGGACAUCCGCAACAUAAAACAUCAAUUCGGACUACUACCUCUUUUCCAGUCGUUGCUUCGGACAUUGAUCAAGUAGAUAUUCUAGACUUUUUCUAGCUCACCUUUUCCCAUCGGAACUCAUUACUCUACACGAACUACAUCUUCACCAAUUCAACGUCAUCUCUCUCACAAGCACGAGUCAUGUUUCUUUCAAAUAGAGCCCCCGAGAAGGCCCUUCCCCGCUUCCAGACAAACACGCCACUGGAUUCAACGUUCGAUAAGGAUAUCCGGGAUACGCAUCUCAUCUAUGACUAUGAUGCCGAAGACGCAGAGGGCAACCCGGAAAAGUGGAGGUACGAAAUGUGGUUCUUCUCUGAGGACCGUGUUGUCUAUGCCAUCCACGGUGGGCCCAUGAACGGCCGCAUAAACUACCAGACGGCGACUUAUCAAUGCAUCCGGCCCGGCGAACUGUGGCAGGUGAACUGGUUGGAAGAGACGGGGACGGUAUGCUCCUUGGUGUACGACAUCCCCAAGCAGAAGAUUUCGACUCUUAUCUCAUUCUCGAGAGGGCACUGGGAAAACCCUCAGGCAGCGCAUGGUGAUAAGCGCAACCCGGGAGACUUUGCGAGAUGGAGAGUCCUCUCGAGAUUCGGAAACCAGACAGAUAGGUUCAUGUUGUCCGAGCAGGCGGAUAUUGUCGAAAACUUCAAGGGAAGGGGGGAUCUUGUGCCGAUCGAGGAGCACGCGAAAACGUUCUGAGCCUUCUGGCGAUGGGCAUUGUGCUUUCAAGAUAAUAACUUGUAUAACUAAGAGCCGGAGUUAAAUCAAAAAGCCAUGUGUUUCUUCACGAAUGAUUGCCAUUCAAUACAAGUUCGGAGCUAUUAGCCAAACAGCAAAAUUCGUUUACCACUUUGAUUGUCCUAUAUCCAGAUGAGGACCGCUAUGCCUUCAACAUGCACCCUAAUAUUUCCCUUUGCACUUGGCAGUGGAAACCCUG